AUGGCGGCGCCCGCGAGGAGCAACUCCGCGGCCCCGCCGGCGCUGCCCGGCGCGCCGGGGCGCAGGGGCGCGUUGGCAGGAGCCGUGCUGCGGGCGCGUGGCCCGGGGCGCUGCGAGCGGGGGCCUCUCCUGGGCUGCGCUCUCGUCGCGCACGGCGGCGCCCUCGUGGCGCGCGGGGGGCGGCGGCCGCGGCACGCGGGGGGCGCGGCGCGGCCCGAGGGGCAGGGCGGCGCCCGGCUGGCGGGGCGGGCCACGGCCGUGGAGGCAGAGCCGCAGCUGAGGAUGCACGAGGUGAAGGAGCUGCUGAGCGCUGCCAGGAGGCGCUCGGCCGUGGUGCUCGAGGCCAGGGGCGUCGGCGCCCCAGGAUGGGGGGAGAAGGCGGCGCAGGCGCGCGAGGCGUCGAACGCGGCAGGCCUCUGGGACGACCCCGCCAGGGCGGCGCGCGUGAUCGCUGAGCUCCAGGCAAUCGAGUCGGCGGAGCGGUCCGCGAGAACGUUCGCGGAGGCCGAGGAGGAGAUGGUCGCGGCCCUCGAGCUCGCCGGCGAGGCGGACGCUGGAGGCGAGGCGCAGCUGUUCCUGCAGGAGGCGAAGGGCGUGCACGAGGCGUGGGUGUCCGCCCUCGACAAGAUGGAAAGGGCGGUGCUGAUGUCUGGAGAGUUUGACGAGCUGGGGUGCGAGCUCAGGAUAUUCGCAGGCGCGGGCGGGGACGAAGCUUGCGACUGGGUGUCCAUGCUCGAGAGGAUGUACUCUGGCUUCUCCCAGUCUCAGGGCUGGAGAUUCGAGCGACUGGAUUUUGAGCCCGGCGCAAGCUUGGGGAUGAAGAGCGUCGAGGCGUCCAUCGAGGGCGCGUUCGCUUACGGCAUGCUGCGAACGGAGCAGGGCACGCACCGUCUUGUUCGUGUUUGGAACGGGAAGCGGCAAACCACCUUCGCAGGCGUGGAGGUCAUACCCACGCUGCCCGAGGACAGGAUCGACGAGAUUGACGUUCCGGAGUCCGAUCUGGAGUUCAGCUUCUUCAGGGCCGGAGGCAAGGGCGGGCAGAACGUGAACAAGGUAGAGACCGCGUGCCGAAUCAAGCACGUCCCCACCGGCCUCACCCAGGAGUGCCGGGAGGAGCGCUCCCAGCUGACCAACAAGUCCAGGGCCCUCGCGCGGCUCAAGGCCAAGCUCGUGGCGGUCAUGCAGCAGCAGCGGCCGGGAGCUCGGCCAAGUUGUGGAGUACAGUGGGGACCCAUGCUAAGAAGCACCCUACUUGCCUCCAGGGUGCCCUGGGUUCCUUGGGUGUCGAUGCUUUCGCUAUGGAAAGCGUGA